GUUUGUGAUAUUGGCCAGGGUUUGCGAUCCGAAAACUCAGGAGGUGGUGACGAGGUUUCUGCACAUGCCAGUGUGCAACAUUGGCACAGCAGAGAACCUCUUUGAGUCACUGAACACAGUGCUAAGUGACAGAAAAAUUGACUGGAGAAACGUUGUGGCAUUUAAUAGUGAUAAUGCCAAUGUCAUGAAGGGGAAGCACAAUUCUGUUGUCAGCAGAAUCAAAGACAUGCAGCCAUCCCUAAUUGACAUGGGAUGCAUCUGUCAUCUGGUCCAGCUGGCCACAGGAUGGGGCAUUAAGGCUCUACACCAGCCUAUUGAAGACAUCCUCAUCAGUAUAUAUGCUCACUUUGACAUCAGAGAGUUUGUGGAGUUCGCAGACUCAGAAACUCUGAAGAUACUCCGAUACUGUGCAACCAGGUGGCUCAGCCUGCUGACUUGCAUAAACCGGGUGCUCAACCAGUGGGAUGCACUGCAGGCAUAUUUUGCCAGUCAAGAGGAUGUGGAGAAGCCUGGCAAGGUGAAGAUGCUGGCUGAGCAUUUAACCAGCAAGAAGACAAAGUUCUUCUUCCUCUUCCUCUCCCAGGCUCUGACACCACUGGCAGAGUUCAAUGUUAUGUUUCAGGCUGAAGGAGUGAUGAAUAAUGGGAAGAUUUCUCCCUGCCGGCCUUAUUGCUGA